ACAAGUUAUAUAGUUAGAGGAUUAAUUCUGGGUUAUUGUAGCAAAAGAGAUAAAAUCGGCCUACAACUGAAGAAACGUUUGACAGUUGUAACGUGUACAUUACUAUUGGUCUGAGACGAGUGCUCCGCCUAUAGAGGCGGUGAUUUGACAGCGCUAACACGGACUUCGAGUUAAUGGAGAAAUUUGGGAAGUUAGACAGCUUUUACAUUUCACUGGAAUUCUCAUAAAAUAAACGCUUCUGCGAGUGUAUUGGACCUCCUUGUUAAGAGGGUCGCUUUCUCCAGUUAUGGAACCAAGGCGGCAAGAGCUGUAUUCUAGUAUACUGACUCUUGAAGAAGGGGACCUGGAUGAUGACCCUCUCCAUGCAGAUCUCCCAGACAGUGAUUCCCUAAAGGAUGUGAAGGAGGCCACAGUGCCAGAGGUGGACCUGAACAACACCAUAACAGAGAAGGAGACAGAUGAAAUGCAGCAUGAGCUGAUCAAGCUGGAGGAGGAAAUCGCUACCCUGAAGCAAGUGCUGGCCUCCAAAGAGAAGCGGCAGUCGGAGCUAAAACAGUGCCUCGGAGUCUCGUCGCUAAGCGGGCUGAAGGAGAACCUCAGCAGGGGCUGGAGCGACAUGCAGUCCACCACAGCAUACAAAAAGACCUCAGAGACCCUAAGUACAGCGGGCCAGAGGACGUCAGUGGCAUUUAACAACCUGGGCACUGCCAUUAGCAGGAAGAUUGGGGAUAUGAGCAUAUUUGGCCUUGAGUUACUAUAUCCCAGGAGAUUAAACGCAAUAGGCUACUCUAUACACCACUCAAUGAGCAUGCCCCCCAUGAGAAACUCAUCCAGUUUUAAGUCAUUUGAGGAGAAGGUUGAAAGCACCAUGUCUAACAUCAAGUUAAAGGUAGGUGGGAGUAGCAGUGGAGGAAGCUUCGAGGAUGUGCUCUCCUCAACAGCCCAGGCCUGCGCUCAGGAUGUACCCACCAACAACCCAAGAGACAACACAGAGUUUCCAUGAUAAUAGGACUGGCCUGCUACCAGCUUGCCGAUGGAACUCUGCUGCCCCUUUGUGGUCAGGAGGCUAGCUUCCCUCCUUAGACAAGAUUUUCUGAAGUCCAGAGUUCAGUACUAGUUGUGACCAAAUAUUUUACCAAGUGCUUUAACCAAAACAUACAUCCAAAAGUUGUCUUGGUAUAGCUUCUGUCCAAAUAAUUAAUAAUUUUUGUUACAUUAUAUUUAAAAAGAAAUUCAUUGUGUUCAGUACCUUGAGGUAUGUUCAACUACCAUCCUCAGAAUUAGUUUUUCCAUUAAUUUGCUGAAGAAUUAAUUUCUUAUAUGCAGUUAAGAAUCACAAAUUAAUUUGCUGGACCAGACCAGGUGAUCAAUUCAAGUAUUUUUUCCUCAUUUGGUUGAAUCUAUGUUUUAUAGCUGCACUGCACUUUUAGCAUGACCCAAGGCAAACUGCUGCUCCACUAAAAUGUCUCCUAAUCACUGAUGAGAACACACUACAGUGAACACUAGAACAUAUAUUAAAUAUGCUUAUUAAAUAUGUAUUCUAUAAAUAUGCUCUACAUGCAUAACUACAAUGUAAUAUUCCCCACGUACUAAAGCUCUGGCUUCCUGAAAGCCGCCAGCCGAGUAUUUUUAAAUGUGUAGUCUAUAAUUUGACAAUAACCUUUUUUUUUUUUUUUUUUUAAAUCUUCA